GUAGGUGGUGUUGUAGCAUCGCACUCAGAGCAGACCACCACAGACUUCACUUGGGUAAGAUGUUUUGCGCACCGCGAAUCAUGAUACACACACUGGAUAUGCACCAUAACUACAGGAGCAGAACAGAAGUCUGGUGUUAAGGUGGAUUUUUUCAUCGGUCUUGACUGAUAUUUCUUCUUUGACCAUUUGGACUCUUAGAUUUAUUAUUCCAUUGACAAUGCAUCGUUCUUUCGUGGUGUUUGUGAGUUUUAUUAAACUGUCUCCCUUCCGUCAGACAGUGAUUGUUUUCACGCUAGUUGUUAUUUGUCCGUUUGUGUUUGGCUGAGUUUGAGCGCCACUGUCAUUUGCAGGACAGAUGUUUUCUGCUGCUGCUGCCGCAUCAUUAUGACCCUGAGUCUGACUCACCAUCGCAUGCUGCCAGAUGCAACUCGUCAAGCGAUCCAAUAUUUUGCUUUUUAUUUUGUGCAAACGCGGGGACUUGCUGCUGCUGAGGACUCUUUGGGACUUCUUAGCGCAUGAAGGACCUCAGGCUUCUGGUGGGUUUCACAAAUAUAUUUUUUAAAAGAUGGAGAAGAUAAGAUGCGCUUAAAUAUUAGAUUUUUAAAUACUAGAUCUGUUUUUAUUUUCUGUCAUAUCCGUUUUUAUUGGAUUACACAUCCUCAAAAAUUUCGGCUGGCGAUUUAUAGCUUGCGAAUAUCCGGAUGUAAUGCAUUUUGUAACCAUCACUCCUACUCUUCAGGUACUUUUGGAACACUUUAGUGUGGGUUAUGAAGAUGGAGUGGAUAAUUCGGAUCGAUCUGAGAUGGCCUCAUAUUUCUGUUAUAGUCUAUUCAACACCGCCUAUUUCGUGUUUGAUCUUCAAAGUAAAGAAGUGUUAGGCUACACAGGAUUGCUUGCACCACUAAGGAUAUUACUUGUGUUCACGCCUGAUCUCCUCCGUUACACGUUUUUCUUAACUCCGGAAAUCAAACAAUGAAUAACGCAGGUGAGUGCGGCAUCGAGGGGCAUGAGGAGUCCCAGAUCCAGGGUGACAUCAGCAGUCAGGGUCAGGUGCGGCCGGGAGAAUAACCCAGAGGCAACAAUGCCCUCCUGGCCCAGCCAACUGGAGUGCCUCCACCGUAACUGCACCUGGGAGGAGACCAACAAUACCAUAAGCAAAGCUGACCCUUCCCCGCCCCCUCUCAAUUAUUAUUCAAUUCCUCUCCUAACGGCCAUCACCGUCGCCUGCACACUGCUGUUUCUGAUAGGGGUGGCCGGGAAUGUUAUGACCAUUUUGGUGGUCAGCAAGUACCGGGACAUGCGCACGACCACCAAUCUGUACCUGUGCAGCAUGGCGGUAUCCGAUCUACUCAUUUUCCUUUGCAUGCCACUUGACCUCUACCGCAUGUGGAGAUACAGGCCCUGGCGCUUUGGAGACGCGCUCUGCAAACUCUUUCAGUUUGUGUCAGAAUCAAGCACUUACUCCACCAUCCUCAGCAUCACCGCCCUGUCAGUAGAGCGCUACCUGGCGAUCUGUUUCCCAUUGCGCGCCAAGGCUCUGGUAACCAAAAGGCGCGUACGAGCCUUGAUUUGUCUGUUAUGGACAGUGUCCCUUUUGAGCGCAGGCCCUGUGUUUGUCAUGGUGGGAGUAGAGCAGGACACGAUGGGGCCACUAAACUUCAGUUCGUGGAUGAAUGAGACUAACUUAUUCCUGGAGACUGAGGACACCCGAGAGUUGCUCUACAGCCUGAUAGGCCGUCGGCUGUGGCAAAGGCACCGAGAGACGAACAUGAGCAACCGCGUGUCUCACAGGGAUAAGAGCAACAGGCAGACCAUAAAGAUGCUGGUGGUUGUUGUGCUGGCCUUUGUCCUGUGUUGGUUGCCUUUCCAUGUGGGUCGUUACUUGCAGUUCCGCUCUCUGGAUGCUCCUUCACCGUUGCUGUCGUUGUUAUCCGAGUACUGUAGCUUGGUGUCAGUGGUUCUCUUUUACUUGAGUGCUGCCAUCAAUCCCAUCCUCUAUAACACCAUGUCGUGGAAAUACCGGGGUGCAGCGGCGCGCCUCUUCGGCCUGACCGACAGCCUGCCGCCACGGGGUCGCACAGCGAGCACUGUGAAGGGAGAUGGCUCAAACGGCUGGACAGAGUCUACAAUCAGCUUUUGAAUGCAUGGCCUAAAUGGCUGGCGUAAUGAAUAAAGCUAUUCACAAUACUCACGUAAAGGCCAUAAUUUCUGUCAGGGCGAUGCAAAAUUGUGGUGAGCACUUGCCUUUAUUUGACUGGAAUCAAAAAGGAUGAUUAAAAAAGCAAGAGCCAUAAACGCUCAACAUGCAUAAAACACCUUUCUUUUAAACACAAUUUGCUCAGUUACUUGUCUUGUUCGGUUAUUUCAGCAAGUGCCACACACUAUUCAUAGAAAACAAUUAAAAAGCAAAACUGGUGAAGUGCAAAAGUCACUGGCCUGAAAUACUUACAGGAUAUCAAUCAAAAACAGACAGGCACGCCUGUGUGCUCACAUAUAAAUGUCACGCACAUCUACAAAUGCCUUAUACUGCAUUUAUAUUCUGGAUGACAAAGAAAGCACUGUAGAAUUUGUGGCACUGCUCUGUACUCAUUAAGAUGGGGGCAGAGGUGCAGUGUGUAUGUGCAUGUGUGUGGAAGAGAUUUUUGCAUGUGCUUUGCAGGCCAAGUGUCAUGCUUUUGGGUAUGCUUUUAGUCACAUUAUAUGAAGAUGUUGUGGGUUACUGCUAUAAGUUGUCAGAAUUCCCAGUGGCCACUUUUAUAUUCAAAUCCAUGUUGUGUUUGGGAUCAAUGGGGUGAGUCAACAGUCCCUGUGAAUAUUCUUGUGAAUCUUUGUGCUGCACAACCCUUGCUUAUUUUUUUGUGAUCGUGAGACAAUUUAUAUUUCCAAAAUAUGUAUCAGUCUCUGAUCUUGUUGAAUGUAUUUCACUGUUAAAUGAUCAGCACUGUUUAAUCUGUAGGAUCAUCAGAAAUGUUUAUUGGGGGGUGUGGGGGGGUCCUAUAAGGAGGCAUCGCAAAAGGUUCUUAUAGGUCUUUUGACUCUGCAAGUUUCGGUCUGGUGCAUACACAAAGAAAGCUGCCUGUUAAUGUAUAAAUAAACAUGUUAGCAGUCACUUUCUGGGCCAUGUCAACUGUGCACCAUUUUCCAGCAGUGUUAUCCACAUGUUUUCAGUCAUCAGCUAUAGUUACAUAUGUUGCACUGAUUAAACAUACAAUGCUAUCUUUUGCUGUGGCUGUAAACAAAAAACAUUAUUAUAAAUUUGUCUAAUUUACCAAUAGCAAUCAUGCUUUUUUGCAGCCAUAUUUAUGGCGAUGAAAACAUUCAUUUUCACUAGUCCUGCUUCUAUAGAAGUAGCCUCCACUGUAAGCUACCCCAUGGCUUCACAGUUAUCUUUAGGAGACAUGGUUUUCCACUGACAAACGAGAGAAGUGAGCUCUCACACAAUGUAAAUUGUAUAAUAUAUGUCUUCUUUUUCUCGUUUAAGAAUUUACUAAAGCCUGGAAGAUAUAAAGUCUUCAUGGGUGAUUAAGCAACAGAUUAUGGCAUGUAAAGUGAUUUUAAAUGUUCUCCAGUCUGAUGAAGUGCUACAACAAUGUAUAAGAAAGUUUUAAAAUAGAUUUUCCUUUGAGCUUGCGUAAGAUAACACAACAGGUGGAAAUGUAAAAGUGGUACAUUUUGUAAAGUGAUUUGUAAAGAGCCUUGUCGAAAAGAUCUUUGCUAUAAUUUGUAUAUAGAUGCUUUGUAAUGCAGUGCACUCAGGUGGUUUACGCAGUCCAAAUCACCACAGCAGCUUCCUUGAUUUAAAACAUGGCCUCAUGACUUUGAAGAAUGUAUCUGUUAAAUGAAUGUUUAUGACCAUAUACUGAUAACAUGACAUGCUUUUAUCAAUCCAUACUUAUUAACAGUCAAAAUGUAUUGUUUUUUUUUUUUUUAAUCUAUGUGACUAUCUUCACUUAGUUAAUGUGUAUGUCUAUGAUAAUGUCUUGUAAAAGAAACAAAAAGUUUCCUC